AGUCUGCCUCCUUCUCGCCCCACUCACACUCUCAGUCAGAGCGCGGCGUUGACAGCCACUGAUCAACCCACUUUGUCGGGGUUUGCGUCUCCAUGCAAGACUGCUGAAAAGAGAAACUCUGACUUUUUAUUCUUGCAAAGCAAAUCGUGCACUGCCCGCCCGGAGAAACCGUCCACGGCUGCAGAAUUCACAAAAAAAAAAGAAGAAAAGAAAAGAAAAAGAAAAGUAAAAACAAGCAAACAAAAGAAAACCUUUUAAAGUAUUUUUUUUCUAGAAUACCCCCCACCGUCUCUGCACAACAAUGUCUGGAGAGGACGCACCUGCUCAGCAGCAAAACGCCGUGGACCAGAAGCAGGAGACCAAGCCCGCCGAGGAGCCCAAAGCCGAGCCGCCCAAGACGGAGUCCGCGGAGGCAGCGGCCACCCCGGCGGCGACCACCGAGAAGGCCCCCGAGGAGGAGACGUUCACCUACCGCGCUCUGGUGCUCACCGGCUUCGGAGGCUAUGACAAAGUCAAGCUGCAGGUGAAGAAGGGAAAGCCGGCGCUCAAAGCCGGCGAGGUGCUGGUCCGGGUCAAGGUCUGCGGGCUCAACUUCGCCGACCUGAUGGCCAGACAGGGUCUCUACGACCGGCUGCCGUCCCCGCCGGUCACCCCGGGAAUGGAGUGCUCCGGGGUGGUGGAGGCUGUGGGGGAAGAAGUGACUGACAGAAAAGUUGGUGACAAGGUGAUGGUGCUGAACCGCUUUGGGCUGUGGCAGGAGGUGGCUGUGGUUCCAGCCAGCCACACCUUCCUCAUCCCAGACGGGAUGAGUUUUGAGGAGGCAGCUGCCCUCCCAGUCAACUACAUCACUGCCUACCUGAUGCUGUUUGACUUUGGCAACCUGCGGCCCAACCAAAGCGUCCUGGUCCAUGCUGCUGCAGGUGGCGUUGGCAUUGCAGCCACUCAGUUGUGCAAGACUGUGAAAGAUGUGACCGUGUUCGGCACUGCGUCAGCAAGCAAACAUGAGGCCAUCAGUCAGGGUGGGGUCACGCAUGCCAUCGACUAUCGUACCAAGGACUAUGUGGAGGAAGUUCGCAAGAUCAGUCCAAAAGGGCUGGACAUCAUCCUGGACCCACUCGGAGGAUCAGACACCCACAAGGCCUACAAUCUGCUGAAGCCUAUGGGAAAGCUCAUCACCUAUGGUGCAGCCAACAUGUUGGCGGGUCAGAGGAAGAACCUGAUCGCCGUGGCUAAGAACUGGUACCAUCAGUUCUCCAUCCACACGCUCAGCCUUAUUCAAGGCAACAAGUCAGUGUGUGGAUUUCACCUGGGCUACCUGGAUGGGGAGAUGGAGCUCAUCACCCAGGCCAUGAACACCAUCCUGGAUCUGUACAAGCAGGGCAAAGUCAAGCCACGCAUCGACUCCACCUGGCAUCUUGAGCAGGUUGGCGAUGCCAUGAGGAAGAUGCAGGAGAGGAACAACAUCGGCAAAGUGAUCCUCACCACCGAACCCAUGCCGGAGGAGGAGAAGAAGGAAGAGGCCAAGAAGGAGGACAAGAAAGAGGACAAGAAGAAGGAGGAUAAGAAGAAGGACGACAAGAAGAAGGACGAUGGAAAGAAGGAGGAGAAGAAGGAUGACAAGAAGAAAGAGGAGCCUAAGAAAGAGGAGAAGAAGGAAGAGCCCAAGAAGGAGGAGGAGAAGAAUGAUGAGGCCAAGAAGGAGGAGAAGUGAGAGGGAAAGAUGGAUAGUCAAGCAGACCAGCAGCAGGGAGUUUGUGUCCUGGGAGCAGGGGAGGUGGCAGGGAUGAGCUUGGUGGUGGAGCUGCAGGGGGAUGGGGGUGGAGUGGUUGCAAAGAUGGGAAGGAGUUGGGAUAAAUUGGACAUUUACCUCCCUUCUGCCUCACCUACUGGGUGAUUUACUCAGGCAUGGCUGCUCCCACCUCCCGUUUCCUCUUCUGUCCCUCAUAUUUACCUCUUAAAAAAAAAAGAAGAAAAAAAUCUGAUCCUUCAGACCCCAUGUAUGCUCUAAUCACAUCUCCCACCCUCUGCCCCUCACAGUAUUAAUCGAUUUUUGCUAUUGGGAAUCAAAGCAUCAGGAGAGCUGUGGAGGAUGGUGGGUUUGGUCCGAGCCUGGGGGCAAAUUACCAUCUCCCUGACAACCGUAAUCUCCUUUCACACUCCGGCCCCACCCUUGACCCUCCGUGCCCCCUCUGCAUCUCGACUCCCACCGUGUUAAAUUGUUCUGCUCUGACUUCCACCUGCCGCCUCCUCCCUCCCCCCUCACUGUGCUGAGUCCCCCCCACCCCUCACCAACACACACAUCUCCCACAGCAUCACCACCACCACCCCAACUCACCCACGAGCCGGACCCACAGACAGGCACCGAAGGCAGGCAGAUAAACCGAGAACCACACCCACCCAUCCGCACUUGUUUUCUGUGUCCAGCUUAGUUAUGUCACUACUGAUGAGUCAGAGAUGCUUCUGAUUGGCUGUUGCUCCUCAUCUUCCCUGGAGAUAUUUUCAUUGUAGUUUUUUCGCUCAUCAUGUUUAACUACGUAGAAAAAAAAAUUAUUAAAGCUUCAGAGCAAUGGAAACUCUUUCCCAUCAAAUUCCACCCGAGUUCAUGUCCUUGCUUUUCCUCUCAUAAUGAGCCUCUCUGUGCUCUGUUGAAUAGCCUGGCUGAUAUUAUUUUCCAGCUUCCUUCUCCUUAGUUACAGAUUUUUCUAGCCGACCAACUGUUGGCAAGAAGUUCAGGGUGCCAAUUAAGAGAGAAAUUGUUUCUGUGCAAACACACAGACAUGCACGCUCCAAAUGCGAUGAAAGAGCCGCUGUCGCACCAAGACAGCGAGGCGCUUGAAGUGAGCAAGUGAAGAGGGUGAAGGGUUUUUUUUUUUUCUUCUUCUUUCGUUUUUUUGUUCUCCUUUGCUCCGGACUUUCUUUCCUCCCUGAACCUCCAAGAGGAAUUUCAUUGCAUUCCUCGCUUCUUUUCGAUCACAGUGACCCAGGAGAGGCAAAUUCAGCCGGCGCUGUUGUCCGCGCUUCGCCUCCCCACCUCCUCCCUCUUCCUCCUUCCUCUUCCUCCUCUUUCUGUUUCCCUCUUUGUGGUCGGCAUAGCAACAGGCGUCAGGCUCGUCAGAGAUGGCACUGUGGUUUCUCUCUCUCUCUCCUUUUUUUCUUCCCUCUCUCUGUGUCUCCUUCAUGCUCUUCUGACUCUGCGUUUGCCAGCAGUUGGUGCUGUCAGCCGGUAUUUCAACAGGUUGAAGAUGUUUUAGUAAUAUGAAUCAAAACAGCAGGCCAGGCUGUUUUUUAAAGCAUUUAAUAUCACUCGACUAGCCUUAUUUCAACUCUGUCUAAAGUCUAACAUGUUACAUUGAUAGUUGGGUUCGUAACUGUGGCUAUUAAUGUAUAAUAUUACAUUUACAUUUAAAAAAAAGCUAAAAAAAAAAAAAAAAAAAAAAAGUAAUUUUAACAACUCCAGCGGUGUGAAGAAGUAUUUUCUUCUUCUUUUCCUUUCUUUUAACCACAUUAAACAGUUCAUCAAGCAAAUCAAUUAUAAUUAGAAUGAAUAACAACAUCUAGUUUUCAAUCGAUAAUUUUAUUAAGGGAACAAAGCUAUCCAAAUCAGUCUGGCAUUGGGGGAAAAAGCAAUUGUCUGCUAAAUUUAAUAACCCUGUGUCUAAUAACUGGUUAUGCCACCCUUGGCAACAAGCACUGCCGUCUCGCAUUUUCAAUAACUGGAAAUUAAGUUGGUUGUUUUUACUUUGUACCAUUUGACUUUGCAGAAUUAUUUUAAUUCUUUUUAUUUGUCCACUCUCCCUUGGAUGCCACUUUUGCCUAAUCUCUUAUUAUUGAAUCGUGAACGCUGACCUUAACUAAGAAAAAUCGCUUCUGCAGUGCUUUAAAUGUUGUUCCUGGUUCUUUGUGACAUCCUGAGUGAGUCAUUGAUGCGCUCAUGGAGUCAUUUGGGUAGACCCAACACUCUUUGGAAGGUUUACGACUGUUCCAUGUUUUCUCCAUUUGUGAGUAACGACUCUUACUGUGGUUCACUGGAGUCCCAAAACCUCAGAAAUGGCUGUGAACUUGUUUAGGUCGGGGUGUGAUGUGCUUCAUUCCUGUUGUCAGAUUUUCUCAUUUUGAUCAAUACAGAGUGGCUGAAACUAAACUCUGCAUUUUGAAUUAUUACUUCUGUAUAUGCAGUCUGAUUUGGAUACCUUUUAUUCUUAAUAAGUCAGUAUUUAAAGUUUUUAUUUAAAGAGGUUACCAUAGCCUGAUAUUAGGAUGUGUUUAAUGAUGUGAAACAUCUAAGUGUAACAAAAAGAAAAAAACAGAAGAGAAACAUUUUACAUGACACUGUGUCUGCCAAAAGGGUGGAGAUGAUAAAUCACGUGAUAAAAUUCAGCUUUUCUUUCUACCUGUAACUACUAGCUGUUCUACACAGUGCUAAUGCUUGUGUGAAGUCACUGUUCAGUUUCUAAUGCCAACAGUGUGUGUCAGUGGCCCUUCGUUUGCUUGAGUCGCACACUGCUGCCCCGCUUAUGGACAUUGAAAUUUUCAUCUCAGAAUCAUCGUCUUUAAACAUGACACCCUUACUGACUACCUGCCUGCCUGCCUGCCUCUGGAUCUGGCUUCAGUGUUCAGACUCAGAUGGUGACUAGUGACUUUGUAAAAAACAAACAAAAAAAAUCUUUCCAAAAAAAAAAAUGUGUUGGCAUGAGUGGCCUCCCCCAUGUGCUGUGUGUGGUGUGCCAUUGUGUGUGAAGACGUGUGUGUCCUCAGGUCGUUUGUCAGGUUUUAAAAUCACUCGCCCUCCCUGCCACAUUUCCACCUCACACUACUCUGCUACAGAACGACGUAGCUUCACAUCGACCCUCCUCCAUCUCUCCCUCCUGUCUGAUAAGAGGCCUGUGUUAUGAGGACAGUUGGUAUUAGUAUUUUGCACUCUGCUCGCUGAUCUUAAUGCACUUGCAAGCAUGGCGGUGGCACUCCAGUCUCAGCCUGGCUUUGAGUUGUCCUCUUUCUUUUCUUUUUUUUUUGUUGCUCCAGAUUUGCAGCCUGUUUCUCAUCCUUUCAGAACAGGUGGCACAAACGCAUCCAAUGUUUUAAAGGUUCCACUCAUGUGCCCUAACUUUUCAAAUGCGUUCAUUCUUUCUUGGCUGUGAGAAACAAAACGCGGAGCUGGGUAAGAUGGACUGGAGUGCGACCGCCAUACUGGUGUGGGGAGUGAUUGUGCUCUGUCAGCCUCUGGUUAGUGUUCUGUUCUAAUCUGCUGGGCUCCCUUUGUGAACCUGUGGACGGUGCUUCUGUUCCGAGUGCCAUGUGAGAAACAAUUGCUUCAGUUAAAAAAAAAAAAAAAGAAAGAAAGAAAAGUGUUUUACUUACUAUGUUAUUUUUGAUUUACCUUUAUAUUUUUGUUUUGUUUUGUUUUUUGUUAUCCAAGGGUUUAAAGUUCAAAGCUCAUACAGUACUCUGUGGGGACCUGCUAACCUGCACUCCUUUUAAAUGUGAUAAAGUUUUUUUUUUCUGUUGGUCCAAACCAUGUGUGCCAAAUUGUAUGUAUAUUCCUCUGUCAAUGCUUUGAAUAUUAACAGUGCAUAAAAAUAUAUUAAAAAAAGAA